AUUAAGAUUUGCAUACUUUACUUUCUCUUUUUGGUACAAUUUUGGAGCUCUUUAGAAGUUGGCUACCUGAGAAAAUAUGCUCUUCCUCGCGCUUCAGAAAGUUUUGGACCGUAGUAUUGCUUUCACACAAAAGUUACCUCUUGUCGAUGGAUGGCCCUCCUCCUUCCGUCGAGAAUUCCUAAGGCCGCAUAUGCUGCUACAAAGACACCUAGUUCUGACGUUGUCUCUUAUUGUAUGUCGACUGUCUAGCUUGGGCCUUACAACAAAUAGUCAUAAAAUGUAUUCAAAUAUGAUUUAUUAUUAGUCCUUCUAUCCUAAUCUGGAAAUAUGUCAACUUGCGCAGAUAGACCGAAGCUCCUUAUACGGCUUCUUUGGAUUGUGUGUUUUAAGAUUGAUUUUGAGUUGAAAAUGCAUUCAAAUAUGACGUAUUAUUUAUUAGUACUUUGAUUCUAUUCUGUAAAUAUGUGAACUUGCCCAGAUAGAUUGAAGC